AUGGGCGCCGUCAAUUGCUGUGCACAAACUACUCCCGACUUCGAUGCGUGGAAGACAGGCGAUCAGGAUCGGAAGCUGAGCAGAGGCGAAGCAAAAGAGCUCAUGCCCAUGUAUGACUACGAGCCGUCACUAUCCUUAGAUCUCGGAGACCGGGUGUCGCCGAGCACCUAUGAUGGCAGUGGAGGCUUUUAUCCAGGAACUCCUGAAUCAGUAGCAAGUAAUCGAGAACUGGACGACCGGUCGGUUGUUGUGGUCUCGGCUGAUGGUGUCGUCGAGAUCUACGGGGAUCUGGAAUUUGAGCAUGAUGAUGGUCAGACACUCGAGACACGAGCAGAAGAGGAGGUCGAGGAGCUAUCACCAGAAGCACGAGCACUUCUUCCUGCGCCCAACUCGUGCCCUCGUUCGGGCAUGAAUCUCCGUAGUAGACAGUCUCCGACGUUUGGGAGCACCCGAUCGCACGUGUCGACGCCACGCCGCACGCAGUCGUUCAAUGAAGAUCCCUACCAAAUACGCCUGGACGACUACUUGUGCGCGUGCAAGCACUGUCCUCGAGCUUUGACAAUCCAGCGCGCGUUUCAGCUCUACGGUUUCGCACUGGACCAUCCACACAGUGAUGCCCUUCUCCGUGUGUUGCGUGCCUGUGCUAACUACGACGAGACGAUUGUUGAAGUGGACCCGAUCCUCGUGCUACAUGCCGAGAAGAUGCUGGAAGAGCUCAACUUUAACGAGAACGAGACGUUCUGCCUCCUCGUAGCUUCACACUUUCAGCACCCAUAG